GUGCCUGAAACAAAGUCAGCAGUUAGCAGUGGCCAUGGCACAGAGAAGCACCUAUUAGAUGCCUAGCGCUGGGCUGGGUGCAGUGAACUGGCAGACAAAGUCACAACUCAGCCCCAGCCCUCCAGACGCACAGGAUGUCUUUAGAGAAACUAAGCGUCAAGCAGUGUGGCAUCGUCAACAACUCGCUUGCUUGGGUAUGCUUUUGACAGAUGCCUGUUGCCUUGCAGGGCCCCCCAUGGGUACUUCAGGCCUCUCAAAUUACAAAGCUGCUUCACAAAACCUUCUUCGAAACCUGAAUAAAGCCCAGGCCUCUCCCCACCAACCUUCAUCAGCAUUAGUAUUGACGGGACACUCCAAGGAGUCAAGCAGCCAAAUCACCUUUCCCUCCCCUCUCCUCACAGACGCUCUCCAGGGCUACACUUGGACUCCACAAAACAACAAAGAGCUGGAAGCACAGAAGCAGCUUCAUAAGCAACAAGGCAGGUUGAAAAGACCGAGACCCAGGAACACUGAGUCCGGAUGAUGUAGCCUAUGAAAUACAAGCUCCCGCAAAAGCUACUAUUCUCCAGAGCGUCACCAAGCACGGAGACCCCGAAAGAAAGCAACCCUCACCUUUGUUUGGCCCUUACCACUGGCCUAAACCUCUCCCUCUUCCCUGGAGAGCCACUGUGGAAAGACCAAGUCUUAAGUAUGUGGCAUUCGGAAGGUGCAAGGCUACAGACUGCUCAGACAAGGCAAAGAAAGCUGCCUCAGCAGCACCCAAGCUGCAGAGAUGCACAAACACUCCCAAGGCCACAAGGUACCUGUGACACAGGGUGCCAGCCCUGCUGCUGCCUGUAGCAUCCUCAAAACUAAAUCGCAGCCAUCUCCCUGUGACAGAUCAGAAAAUGAAGGCCUCGGCCUGGCCCAAGGUCACAGCCUGAGUGACAAGCCAGGGAAGGGGGCUGGGGAAGACACUCUGGCCCCAAGGCCCUUCUUUUUGUCGACUUUUCCACAUACAAGACAGACCAACCGAGCACUUGUCACGGGAGGGCACCAAAGCAGACGGCCUGGCCACCAAGGGAGGCAGGCACCUCCGUGCGACGCCCCCUCCCCUCCCGCCGGCCGCAGGGAACGCGACGGUCCUCGGUCGCCUGCGUUUCGCGAAGACGCCCCCGCCCGGCUCCUCCGGGCCUCGAGCCGCGGGAGGCGCUGGGCCCUCCGCUUUUUCGCCUCCCGAGCGGGGCCUGCUCCUCCAGGUCGGGAAGACGUGGAGUCGGCGCCGGAGGAGACCCGCGCGCUCUACCGGGAGUACCGCACUCUGAAGCGUACCACGGGCCAGGCCGGCGGCGGGCCCCGCAGCUCCGAGUCGCUCCCCGCGGCGGCCGAAGAGGCGCCAGAGCCCCGCUGCUGGGGGCCCCAUCUGAAUCGGGCUGCGACCAAGAGUCCACAGCCUACGCCAGGGCGGAGCUGCCAGGGCUCGGUGCCGGACUACGGGCAGCGGCUCAAGGCCAAUCUGAAAGGCACCCUGCAGGCCGGACCAGCCCUGGGCCGCAGACCCUGGCCUCUAGGAAGAGCCUCAUCCAAGGCGUCCACCCCAAAGCCCCCAGGUACAGGGCCUGUCCCCUCCUUUGCAGAAAAAGUCAGUGAUGAGCCUCCACAGCUCUCUGAGCCCCAGCCAAGGCCAGGCCGGCUCCAGCAUCUGCAGGCAUCCCUGAGCCAGCGGCUGGGCUCCCUAGAUCCUGGCUGGUUACAGCGAUGUCACAGUGAGGUCCCAGAUUUUCUGGGGGCCCCCAAAGCCUGCAGGCCUGAUCUAGGCUCAGAGGAAUCACAACUUCUGAUCCCUGGUGAGUCGGCUGUCCUUGGUCCUGGUGCUGGCUCCCAGGGCCCAGAGGCUUCAGCCCUCCAAGAAGUCAGCAUCCGUGUAGGGAGCCCCCAGCCCAGCAGCAGUGGAGGUGAGAAGCGGAGAUGGAACGAGGAGCCCUGGGAGAGCCCCGCACAGGUCCAGCAGGAGAGCAGCCAAGCUGGACCCCCAUCAGAGGGGGCUGGGGCUGUAGCAGUUGAGGAAGACCCUCCAGGGGAACCUGUACAGGCACAGCCACCUCAGCCCUGCAGCAGCCCAUCGAACCCCAGGUACCACGGACUCAGCCCCUCCAGUCAAGCUAGGGCUGGGAAGGCUGAGGGCACAGCCCCCCUGCACAUCUUCCCUCGGCUGGCCCGCCAUGACAGGGGCAAUUACAUACGGCUCAACAUGAAGCGGAAACACUACGUGCGGGGCCAGGCACUCCGUAGCAGGCUCCUCCGCAAGCAGGCAUGGAAGCAGAAGUGGCGGAAGAAAGGGGAGUGUUUUGGGGGUGGUGGUGCCACAGUCACAACCAAGGAGUCUUGUUUCCUGAACGAGCAGUUCGAUCACUGGGCAGCCCAGUGUCCCUUGCCAGCAAGUGAGAAAGACACAGACCCUGUUGGGCCUGAGCCACUGGUUCCUUCACCACAACCUGUACCUGAGGUGCCCAGCCUGGACCCCACCGUGCUGCCACUCUACUCCCUGGGGCCCUCAGGGCAGCUGGCAGAGACGCCGGCUGAGGUGUUCCAGGCCCUGGAGCAGCUGGGGCACCAAGCCUUUCGCCCUGGGCAGGAGCGUGCAGUCAUGCGGAUCCUGUCUGGCAUCUCCACGCUGCUGGUGCUGCCUACAGGUGCCGGCAAGUCCCUGUGCUACCAGCUCCCAGCGCUGCUCUACAGCCGGCGCAGCCCCUGCCUCACGUUGGUCGUCUCUCCCCUGCUGUCACUCAUGGAUGACCAGGUGUCUGGCCUGCCACCGUGUCUCAAGGCAGCCUGCAUACACUCAGGCAUGACCAGGAAGCAACGGGAAUCUGUCCUGCAGAAGAUUCGGGCAGCCCAGGUACACGUGCUGAUGCUGACACCUGAGGCGCUGGUGGGGGCGGGAGGCCUCCCUCCAGCCACACAGCUGCCUCCAGUUGCUUUUGCCUGCAUUGAUGAGGCCCACUGCCUCUCCCAGUGGUCCCACAACUUCCGGCCCUGCUACCUGCGCGUCUGCAAGGUGCUUCGGGAGCGCAUGGGCGUGCACUGCUUCCUGGGCCUCACAGCUACAGCCACACGCCGCACUGCCAGUGACGUGGCACAGCACCUGGCUGUGGCUGAAGAGCCUGACCUCCAUGGGCCAGCCCCAGUUCCCACCAACCUGCACCUUUCCGUGUCCAUGGACAGGGACACAGACCAGGCACUGUUGACGCUGCUGCAAGGCAAACGUUUUCGAAACCUGGAUUCCAUUAUCAUUUACUGCAACCGGCGCGAGGACACAGAGCGGAUCGCUGCGCUCCUCCGAACCUGCCUGCACGCAGACUGGGUCCCAGGGUCUGGAGGUCGUGCCCCCAAAACCACGGCCGAGGCCUACCACGCGGGCAUGUGCAGCCGGGAACGGCGGCGGGUACAGCGAGCCUUCAUGCAGGGCCAGUUGCGGGUGGUGGUGGCCACGAUGGCCUUUGGGAUGGGGCUGGACCGGCCAGAUGUGCGGGCUGUGCUGCAUCUGGGGCUGCCCCCAAGCUUCGAGAGCUACGUGCAGGCCGUGGGCCGGGCCGGGCGUGACGGGCAGCCUGCCCACUGCCACCUCUUCCUGCGGCCCCAGGGCGAAGACCUGCGAGAGCUGCGCAGACAUGUGCACGCCGACAGCACGGACUUCCUGGCUGUGAAGAGGCUGGUACAGCGUGUGUUCCCAGCCUGCACCUGCACCUGCACCAGGCCGCCCUCGGAGCAGGAAGGGGCCGUGGGUGGGGAGAGGCCUGUGCCCAAGUACCCCCCUCAAGAGGCUGAGCAGCUUGGCCACCAAGCAGCCCCAGGACCCAGAAGGGUCUGCAUGGGCCAUGAGCGGGCACUCCCAAUACAGCUUACCGUACAGGCUUUGGACAUGCCGGAGGAGGGUGAGGAACCUGGGGUAAGCCACAGGGGUGUGGAGGGGCUGUCCCCGCGUCCCCUGAGCCCUGCUCUGCCCCCAGCCAUCGAGACUUUGCUGUGCUACCUGGAGCUGCACCCACACCACUGGCUGGAGCUGCUGGCGACCACCUAUACCCAUUGCCGUCUUAACUGCCCUGGGGGCCCUGCCCAGCUCCAGGCCCUGGCCCACAGGUGUCCCCCUUUGGCUGUGUGCUUGGCCCAGCGGCUGCCUGAGGACCCAGGGCAAGGCAGCAGCUCCGUGAAGUUUGACAUGGUCAAGCUGGUGGACUCCAUGGGCUGGGAGCUGGCCUCUGUGCGGCGGGCUCUCUGCCAGCUGCAGUGGGACCACGAGCCCAGGACAGGUGUGCGGCGUGGGACAGGGGUGCUUGUGGAGUUCAGUGAGCUGGCCUUCCACCUUCGCAGCCCGGGGGACCUGACCGCUGAGGAGAAGGACCAGAUAUGUGACUUCCUCUAUGGCCGUGUGCAGGCCCGGGAGCGCCAGGCCCUGGCCCGUCUGCGCAGAACCUUCCAGGCCUUUCACAGUGUAGCCUUCCCCAGCUGCGGGCCCUGCCUGGAGCAGCAGGAUGAGGAGCGCAGCACCAGGCUCAAGGACCUGCUUGGCCGCUACUUUGAGGAAGAGGAAGGGCAGGAGCCGGGAGGCAUGGAGGACGCACAGGGCCCCGAGCCAGGGCAGGCCAGACUCCAGGAUUGGGAGGACCAGGUCCGCUGCGACAUCCGCCAGUUCCUGUCCCUGAGGCCAGAGGAGAAGUUCUCCAGCAGGGCUGUGGCCCGCAUCUUCCACGGCAUCGGAAGCCCCUGCUACCCGGCCCAGGUGUACGGGCAGGACCGACGCUUCUGGAGAAAAUACCUGCACCUGAGCUUCCAUGCCCUGGUGGGCCUGGCCACGGAAGAGCUCCUGCGGGUGGCCCGCUGACUGCACUGCGUUGGGGGAUGUCGGGUAGAGCUGGGGUUGUCAGAGGCUAGGGCAGUGACUGAGGACCUGGGCAAAACCUGCCACAGGGUGUGGGAACGAGGAGGCUCCAAAAUGCAGAAUAAAAAAUGCUCACUUUGUUUUUA